AUGAACUUCUUCCCUUCACAAUUCGUCAUGAUACCUCAGGAGGCAGCCAACGACGCCCUGGAGACUACUCUGGCUGAUAUGCAGUCGCUCAUGAAGUGUUGCAUGAAGUUAAAGGAAGCCAACCCAGAAACCUUAAGGCUCUCGGAUGAGAUCACCAGGCGAGUGGCCAAAGAUUUGAAACUCUAUGCAGGGAAUGCGACAUCAUUCUCUCCCCUGCUACUCUCCUGCACUGCCAUUAUCUGGCAGUAUUCAAAAAGUGGCGCCUUUGAGAGUGUUCCCGAUUGGACUUCAGUAGCAGAAGACGACCCACGGAUCAAGGACCACCUGCGAUUCGAGAAGACCAUGGACUAUCGCCCACCCUUUGCCCUUGAUGUUUCUCUACUUGCAACAUCAAGCACAAUUCCCACCACCUUUCCCACCUCACUACCUGCCCUUGACAACCUCAGCUCUUGCAUCAAUAAUCCGUCCUGCAUGGACCUGGAUCUCGUCACUAAGCUGGUAGAGGAACCAAAACAAUCUUCCCGCCCACGAGUGCUCAAGAACCUGCCCCCUCUCUGUUGUCUGGCACAUCCACCCUUGAGAUACUACCACCUGUAUGUGGCUGAAGCUGAGAGGGAACAUUGGAAGGCACUUGUCAUGGCUGGCGAUAGCAAGAAGAGAAAGGCAUGUGAUGAAGAUACAGAUGGGGCCGUUGUGAUUGAAACCCUCAAGUUGCCUUCCUCGCCCCAAGAGCCUCUGAAAAAGAAAAGGAAGUUGAUGUCGGAUGCGCCAACCGGAAUCAUUGAUGUGAAACCGAAGGCAUUACCAUCUGUUGCUCCUGACAAGGCUGGUCCACCAGGCAAUGACCAGGGUUUCUGGCAUUCAGACAUUCAGCCUGCAGAAUGGGGCUCAGAUGAUUGUAUUGCUACUCCGUUCCAGCAUUCUGUUCAUUUCCAUCCCCAGAAGUGCGACAAGUGCACAAAAAUGGACAUACCAUGCAUUGUCCUUCCGGACAAAAAGUUUGGAUGCAUGCGACUUGUGUGUGCAAAUUGCGACCUCAUGAAGGUCACCUGUGUGAUUGUCAGCAUCGGCAUGAGGAAGAUAAUGCAGGGAAAGGUGUCUGUGGUUUCCUUGAAUUCUGCCAAACACUCCAGAAUGUGCAUUCGGAAGUCCUACGUGAUCUCUCCAGUUAUACUUAACAUCGCUGAAGAGGUGGAGCAACAACCUGGCCUGCCAGCCGAUGUGCCAAUCAAAACGCUUGCAAUCAAUAGCACAAGCCAACAGCCCAAAUGGGGUGAUCAGUUUGCGCCGACCAACCACGCUGAUCCCAAGCCCACUGCAAGGGACAUCCUGCAGGGCAUUCAGGACCUUGGCAGGAGAUUUGAUCUCCUGGCCACCAAUGAGCGGCUGGACACCUUGGAUGUAAGAGUUCGUUCAGUGGAGACUAUCAUCCACCAGCACUUCGAUGCACUGGAGCAAUGCCUUAAUGCCUUGGAUGCCUGUGACAAUGAAAGUUUUGAGACUCCUGACUAUGGCAUGAUGAUCAUGGCCGAUGAUUUUCUGAGCGUUAUAACGAUGUGCAUCAUCGUGGAUGGUACACGUAUGGUGCAUCCCUCCGACAUGUAUAUCAACGUCGGAUCCGGAUCAACAUUUGUAUCGAACUUUGUCCUGUAUUUCAUUACUCGUUUCUUCGUUUCUGUUGCACCAGUUGCAUCUGUAAAACUAGUCUCUGGUACAAAGCCAAAGAAUAUCCUGCUAGGCACAACUGUUGGCCCUUCCGAAAUCUGA